AAAAGGCAGUGGGGAGAAGAGGGCAGGCGGGACUUUGUGCGUCCUCCCUCCUUUGGCUUGUCGGAGAAGCAGCGGGACAGACCGGGGGUCUCCCCAGAUAUAAUUACCCUCCUCUGGGUCCCUGUGGGCAGCCUCGGCCGUCGUGUGCUGCCACAAUGAUGGGCUGCAAGACCAACUCACUGACUUGCCUGCAAGGUGGGAAGCCGGGGUUGCCAGUGGCCCUGGCCACGGAUUCCACAGCCACACUGAACAAACUGGCCCUGGCCACGGGGGGCACGGAGAAGUCCUGGUACCGCUGCGUCUUCCCCUUCGGCAUCGUCUCUUUGGUUAUCGGCAUUGCUGCCACGUGCAUCACCUUCACCAUCAACGGGCCACAGAUGGACAUCGCCAAGGUGGUCUCCGUGGCCACCCUUAUCUUUGGAGUGGGCCUGCUGGUGGCUGCCUUGGUCUGCUGGCGUGCCAAGAGGGAGAGGCAGCGCAAGAAGCAACAGGCCGAGCCCGUGUCUCUGGAACAGGGAGCCCUAUAAUGCAGGCGCCAAACAGGUAGAGCGUGGCUGGAGUUUUUUUCUUGCGCCCCGUGACAGAGGAGUUUUUGGGGGGCGGGGACCUUUGCGGGCACCCUUAGUUGUUUUGGAGAUGGCGGAACCUGGAGGCUGGUGGGCGAACAAACCCCGUUUAUUAAGCAAGCAGUGUCACGGAUAGGAGAAGGACACAGCUUACCCAGGCAGGAUGACCGUGGAGCUGCAUGGCAGGAACCAGGCGGCCGGCAAUGCAUCAAACUACUAGACCGUCUCCCCAAGAUGACCCCCCUGUCCUUGGGGGAUGGCAGGCUUCUCCCCCCCCCAGAACGAGACCCCUCGUUUGCAGAGAGCGCCAGAGCUAACUUUGAGAAGGCACCAGCACCAAGAGAAAAGGGAGGUGUUUACGUCUUCAAGGACACCCUCUGCCUGUCUGCAUCACCGCUACGCACAUCGCCGACCGAUCACACAGUUCUUCCUUCCUUCCUUUUUUCAGAGAGAUGAGAAUUACGGAGCAGUACCCGACAGCGAAAAGGACACGGGUGUUUCCAAAAGUACCCCAGCCACUGCCACCGGAUGAACAAUGCGAUCCUUCGGGUUUUUUUCCACAGCGGCAUGGAGGGGUGCGGUUGACAUGGGGGUCGCGAUGAGCCGCAGCUGCGAUGGUGCCUCUUUUUCCCGUGGGGGAGGGCUCAUCAGAUGUCACUUGGGGGACUCUUGGCAUGAAUAUGUGUCCCCUCCACCCCCUCCAGCAGAGGACAGAGAAGAUUCAUCCGUGUUUGCCUACAGUGCCACAGAACGGAGAACCAAGAGAAUUUAAGGACUCUCACGGGACAGUUGAGGCAGCGGCCAAAAUGCGUGCUGGAGGGGGGACAGUAACAGGGCGGGGAGUGGGGGUAGCCGGGGAGGGACUGACCCUCGAGAAUCACAGUUUGCAAAAGAAGUCGGUCCAGCGUCCCCUUCGGCAUGGGGUGCUGUGUGCUCGGACAGUAUCUAGGUGGGUUUUGCUUGCCCGGAUGCAAACUCACAGGCCCCGCUCCGCAAUUGCAAACCGAUGCGCAAAAGCGAGCUGUGAAUUCAGCCACCGCAGAUGGGCACGACAGGCGGUGCUGGUUUUGGAAUGGUGUCCGUGGCAAGGGCAGAGCGGGUUGACCCCCCCCCCCCCCCCCGGGUAUCCCUGGAUUGUUUCCACAUGGAAGUUUUGCUCCAGUUUGGCAUCCAAACUGGAGCUGGUUGGGGUGGGUUUUUUAAAAACUGUUUUCGUUCAGCAUCCAUCCAACUUUGUCCCCUCAUAGUCCACCUUUUCUCUCUCACUUUGCUGUGGCAUGUCUCAGAUUUGGUUUGGUACGAUUCUUUCGGGGCUAGAGACUUACUUUUCUGUUUAACUAAAGUUGGGCAUUCAAUAGAAUCAAGUAGAUCACGGAGGAGGCGGGUUGCAUUAACGUUAUGAUGCUACAGUGUUCCGGCAUCUUUUCUUUCUUUUUUUUGUGUGUGCCGUUGAGUCAAAGCUGACUUAGGGCGACCCUGUGGGGUUUUCAGUCAAGGGAUGUUCAGAGGUGGUUUGCCAUUGGCUAACUCUGGGGUCACAAUCCUGGUGUUCCUUGGAGGUCUCCCAUCCAAAUAGUCACCAGGGCUGACCCUGCUUAGCUUCUGCGAUCAGAUGAGAUCAAGCCACCCCAGGGCUACCCAGGUUUUCCAUUUAGAAAAAGAGAGAAGAGUUUGGAUUUAUAUCCCCCCUUUCUUUCCUGUAAGGAGACUCAAAGGGGCUGACAAUCUCCUCU